GCCGAACAAGUCCAUUGAAAGGAUUCGCGCAAGAAGAUACGUUCACCGACCGAAUCGAGGAAGAGGAAUAGCGCUCGGGGGACUCUGCUUCACCGGGGAAGAGUUAGGGCUCAGAAGUCGACGGCGAGAUGAAGACGACGAAGGGUGGCAAAGUCAUGAACCCUACCGACGCGUAUCGGAAGGAGUUACGCAAGCGCGAAUUGAAACGGAAUAAAAAAGAAAGGAAGAAGGUGAGGGAAGUUGGCAUUUUGAAGAAGGAUCCUGAGCAAAUAAAAGAUCAAAUUCAGAAGCUAGAAGUAAUGAAGGCGGAAGGGGCCCUUGAUAAAGCUAGAAAACACAAAAAGAGACAACUUGAGGAUACCCUAAAUCUCGUUCUCAAGAAGAGGAAGGAAUAUGAAGAUAAAGUGAAAGAAAAGGGUGAAGCACCAGUUAUGUUCAGCCACUUGGGACCUCCUCCUCGAAGGCGGACUACAGCAGAAGAGGAAGAUAUGGUCAAGCAUCCAAAACCUGAGGAUUCAGUUUAUUACCACCCAACACUCAACCCCACUGGAGCUCCUCCUCCUGGAAAGCCUCCCAUGUUUAAAUCAUCAAUAGGACCUAGAAUACCCAUGUCAGAGGCGUCAUCAAGUGGUGCUGCAUCAUCAUCUAUGCCAGAAGAGGAUGGUGGUUUGCCCACCUCUUCUCUUCCAUCCACUUCACCACUUGCACUUCCUUACCCAAACAAUAAUGCAGACCCUGUAGAUGGUUCUAUGAUGCCUCCAUCUCUGCCUUUACUGCCUCCACCUCCUAUGCCUCCAAAACCUGAAAUGACAAACUUGGAUACAUCGUUGCCACCUCCUUUGCCACCACCGCCUUCUGGCCCCCCACCCAAUGAACAUGCAGGAAUUCGUUCAUCACUGCCCCCACCACCGCCGCCACCGCCAGUUCACCAGUCUGUUCUAUCUCCUCCACCAGGUAUUGGUGGAAAUGAACUUGGAAAAGGUUACACUGUGAAAACUGAAGAACCAGCAUCUAUGGAAUCACCACAGGGUUCAUCUAUACUACCCCCACCGCCUCCACCACCAAGGUUACCAUUGAAGUCUGAGGGGACGUCUUCUGAAAACGACUCUAAACCUCCAACAGGGACAGAUGAUAUGCUAAGAAUGGCUCCGCCACCACCUCCACCAAGGCAACAACAACCUUUUGUUCCUGGACCUGCUUUGAUCCCAUCUUUGCAGCCUGAUGUAUUGCCACCUGGAAUAUCUCGGUUCCCUCCACCUCCUCCACCCACAGAGAUGGGGCUGCCACCACAUGGAAUAGUUGGUCAGCAUCCUCCUCUCCCCCCUGGAGUAAUGGUUGUUCCACUUAUUCCUAGACCGCCCUAUGGACCACCACUAAUGAUGAGACCACCCCUUCCACCUGGGCCUCCUCCAAUGCCACCCUAUGAUGGUACCACUAGACCACUCGCCUCUCAAAAGCCUUCCUACAUUAAGUCAGCCGCAUCAACAGUUGUUAAGAGGCCUCUUGCUCAGCAUACUCCAGAGCUAACUGCUAUGGUUCCUGCAUCUGUACGUGUGAAGAGAGAAUCUACUCAACCAAAACCAAAACCGAAGGGAUCAACAACAGUUGUAGUGAACCAGCCCACAUUUAGUAGAGCAGCAGUGAAGCAAGAACGUAGCAGUUCGGCUCAGCCUAAGCCACAAAGUAUUGACGACUCGUACAUGGCAUUCUUGGAGGACAUGAAAGCUCUCGGUGCUCUUGAUGGUAAAUGACCCCCCGAGUGUUCGAUCAAUUUAAUAUGGCGGUGACUUGUUGUCUGGUUAUAUGUCCCUAUUGGUGUGGGAGGGAGGUGUUUGGAUUUUCUAAUUGUUCAUUCUAUUGUGUGGUUGGCUAUCUGCUUUACCCGGUCACAGUACAAAUGUACUUCAGUUUAAUUUAUUCAAGGAAUACUUUUGUUUUAACUUGCAAACAUUUUGAAUUAAAAGUUUAUUUUACUA